AUGGUUUACUUUAACUCUCAAAUUAGUGAUUCUAUUGCUCCAUAUCGGAAUGUUAAACGUGUACAGUUUGGCAUAUUAUCUCCUGAUGAAAUAAAACGUAUGUCGGUUACACCGCAGCCGAUAGAACAUCCUGAAUUAAUGGAAGCUGGUCGUCCAAAGGAACGUGGAUUAAUGGAUCCGAGACAGGGACCGGCUGAUCGAAAUUCUAAAUGCAAAACAUGUGCUGGAUCAUAUGUUGAAUGUCCCGGACAUUUUGGCCACCUUGAAUUGGCCAAACCCGUAUUUCAUGUUGCUUUUCUAUCCAAAACAUUAAAAAUAUUACGUUGCGUUUGCUUCUAUUGUUCAAAAUUACUAGUUGAUCCACUUGAUUCAAAAAUACAAGAGAUUUUGAAAAAAACUAAAGGUCAACCAAGAAGAAGAUUAGCGCAUGUGUUUGAUGCAUGUAAAGGUCAAAAACUCUGUAAAGGUUCAGACGAUUCAGAUAGUAUAAAAGAUCCAAAUCGUGAAUUAUCGAUUAAAUACGCUGGCGGUUGUGGGAGACAACAGCCAGCAUAUCGUCGUAGUGGAUUAGAUUUAAAUUGCGAAUGGAAACAAGCACAGGACGAUGCACAAGAAAGAAAAAUGAAGUUGACAGCCGAACGUGUUUUAGCUAUAUUCAAAGCGAUUCCAGAUAGCGUUUGCCAUAUCUUAGGAAUGGAUCCCAAACAUGCACGACCGGAUUGGAUGAUAUUAACCGUAUUGCCCAUACCACCGCUAUGCGUGCGACCCUCUGUAUUAAUAUUUGGUACAGCUCGUUCCCAAGAUGAUUUAACAUAUAAUUUAGCUAACAUCAUCAAAGCAAAUAAUACGUUGAAACGAGAUGAACAACGAGGGGCUGCUUCACAUAUUCUGGAUGAUGAUAUCAAAUUAUUGCAAUAUCAUUGUGCAACACUGAUUGAUAAUGAUAUGCCAGGAAUGCCACAAUCGUGUCAAAAAUCAGGAAGACCGUUAAAAUCACUUAAAGCACGUUUGAAAGGCAAAGAAGGUCGUGUGCGCGGUAAUUUGAUGGGAAAACGUGUAGACUUUAGUGCAAGAACAGUAAUCACACCUGAUCCAAAUUUAGCCAUUGAUCAAGUUGGUGUACCGCGUACAAUUGCACAGAAUUUAACAUUUCCAGAAAUCGUAACACCGUUUAAUUUUGAAUGGUUACAAGAGUUGAUACGUCGUAAUGGCGCCAAAUAUAUUAUCCGUGAUAAUGGCGAUCGUAUUGAUUUGAGAUUUCAUCCAAAACCAAGUGACUUACAUUUACAAUGUGGUUAUAUUGUUGAACGACAUAUGAUGGACGAUGAUCUAGUAGUAUUUAAUCGUCAGCCAACGUUACACAAAAUGUCAAUGAUGUCCCAUCGUGUUAAAGUUUUGCCCUGGUCAACAUUUCGUCUAAAUUUAUCAGUAACAACUCCAUAUAAUGCUGACUUUGAUGGUGAUGAAAUGAAUUUACAUUUACCACAAUCCGUUGAAACAAAAGCUGAAUUAUCACAACUAAUGAUGGUGCCACGUUUAUUAAUCACACCUCAAUCAAAUCGCCCCGUAAUGGGUAUUGUACAGGAUACACUAACAGCCGUUCGAAAAAUGACACGUCGUGAUGUAUUUUUGGAAAAAUCAGAGUUUAUGAAUUUAUUAAUGUUUUUACCAUCUUGGGAUGGACAUGUACCACAAGCAGCGAUUCUAAAACCAAAACCAUUGUGGACUGGUAAACAGUUAUUUUCAUUAAUUAUGCCAUUUCAGAUUAAUUGUGUCCGAACUCAUGUUGCACAUCCCGAUGACGAAGAUCGUGGGCCCUACCAGUGGAUUAGUCCCGGUGAUACAAAAGUUUUAGUGGAAAAUGGGCAACUAUUAAGUGGAAUCUUGUGUAAAAAGACAUUAGGAACAUCGGCUGGUUCAUUGGCUCAUAUUGUUUUUAUGGAAUGUGGACAUGAAACGGCCGGAAAAUUUUAUUGGCACAUUCAAACAGUUGUUAAUAAUUGGUUAAUGUUAGAAGGACAUUCAAUAGGUAUCGCUGAUACAAUUGCUGAUCAGAAAACGUAUGAUGAUAUUCAGGCGUAUAUCAAACGUAGUAAAGUUGAUGUCAAUCAAGUUAUUGAAAAAGCACAUCAAGAUCAAUUGGAAGCAACACCUGGCAAUUCUCUGCGUCAGACCUUUGAAAAUACCGUGAAUCGUAUAUUGAAUGAAGCUCGUGAUAAAACCGGAUCAUCUGCUCAAAAGUCAUUAUCAGAUUUUAAUCAAUUUAAAGCUAUGGUCGUUAGUGGUGCGAAAGGUAGCAAAAUUAACAUAUCACAAGUUAUUGCUUGUGUUGGACAACAAAAUGUUGAAGGCAAACGAAUUCCUUUUGGUUUCAAACAUCGUACAUUACCACACUUCAUUAAAGAUGACUAUGGUCCAGAAGCUAAAGGUUUUGUUGAAAAUUCGUAUUUACAAGGCUUGACACCAGCCGAAUUUUUCUUCCAUGCUAUGGGUGGACGCGAAGGUUUAAUUGAUACCGCCGUUAAAACAGCUGAAACCGGAUAUAUCCAACGUCGAUUAAUUAAAGCUAUGGAAUCUGUUAUGAUUAAAUACGACGGCACCGUUCGAAAUCAAAUCAACCAGCUGAUUCAAUUUACUUAUGGUGAAGAUGGCUUAGCAGCAGAAAAUGUUGAAUUUCAGUCGAUUCAUAUUCUAAAACCAUCGAAUGAUAUAUUUGAACGAAAAUGGAAAUUUGAUACAACAAAUGAACGCCAGUUAAGAAAAUAUUUGAAUGACGAUAUCAUUCGAGAUAUAAAUAGUAAUCAAUCAUUACAGUUGCUAGAUGAUGAAUGGAAACAACUGAAAGACGAUCGUGACCGUUUACGAGAAAUAUUUGCUAAUGGUGAUGCAUCGCGUAUCGUUUUACCGUGUAACAUUGAGCGGUUAAUCUUAAACGCUCAGAAAACAUUUCGUAUCAAUACCCGCCAACAAUCCGAUUUGGCACCAAUGAAGAUCGUUCAAGGACUAAAAGAGUUAACAAAACGUCUGGUUAUUGUUAAAGGUGACGAUCGUUUAUCUCUCGAAGCGCAGCAAAAUGCCACAACAUUAAUGAAUAUUCUGGUGAGAUCAUCACUCUGUUCAAAACGUAUUACAGAAGAACACCGUUUGACAGAAGAAGCGUUCCAAUGGCUUUGUGGUGAAAUUGAAACGAGAUUUCAGCAAGCACAAGUACAACCAGGCAUGUGCGAGAUGGUGGGAGCUCUUGCAGCUCAAUCACUUGGAGAGCCGGCUACUCAAAUGACAUUAAAUACAUUUCAUUACGCUGGUGUCUCAGCUAAAAACGUCACAUUGGGUGUUCCACGUUUAAAAGAAAUUAUCAAUGUUAGUAAAAAGCCGAAAACACCGUCGUUGACUGUCUUUCUUCAUGGCAUGGCGACAAAAGAUGCCGAAAAAUGUAAAGAUGUUUUAUGUCGUUUGGAACAUUGUACACUAAGGAAAGUGACGGCGAACACUGCUAUCUAUUAUGAUCCCGAUCCACAAGAAACAGUGAUUAGUGAAGAUCAAGAUUGGGUAAAUACGUAUUAUGAAAUGCCAGAUCAAGAUAUGUCACGUAUUUCGCCAUGGUUAUUACGUAUUGAACUUGAUCGUAAACGUAUGACAGAUAAAAAAUUAACAAUGGAACAAAUAUCAGAUAAGAUCUCGGCUGGAUUUGGUGAAUGUUUAAAUUGUAUAUUUAAUGACGAUAAUGCUGAAAAAUUAGUGCUACGUAUUAGAACAGUCGACCAACAAAAAACAGAUGAUAGUGACCAAGGACAAAGUACACAAGACGGAGAAGAUACGACAAGAAUGGACGAUGACACUUUCUUACGUUGUUUAGAAGCAAGCAUGUUGUCUGAUUUAACAUUACAAGGUAUUGAAGCAAUUGCAAAAGUUUACAUGUUAUAUCCAACAACGGAUAAUAGUAAAAAACGUAUAAUAAUAUCAGAUGACGGUGAAAUUAAAUCGGUUAGUGAAUGGAUAUUAGAAACAGAUGGAACAUCGUUGAAAAAAGUUUUAUCAACAAAAGAUGUUGACUCAAAACGUUCUUAUACAAAUGAUGUUGUGGAAAUAUUUAGUGUUCUUGGCAUUGAAGCUGUACGAAAAGCAAUUGAACAAGAAAUGAAUCACGUUAUAUCAUUUGAUGGUUCAUAUGUAAAUUAUCGUCAUUUAGCUCUAUUGUGUGACGUCAUGACAACAAAAGGUCAUUUAAUGGCAAUAACUCGUCAUGGAAUUAACAGACAAGAUGUCGGACCGAUUAUGCGUUGUUCGUUUGAAGAAACAGUUGAUGUUUUGAUGGAAGCAGCAGCACAUUCAGAAUGGGAUCCUUUAAAGGGCGUCUCGGAAAAUGUACUAUUAGGACAACUUGCCAAAAUUGGCACUGGAUGUUUUGAUUUAUUAUUAGAUGUUGAGAAAUGUUCUUCAGCGAUGGAAUUACCAGUGAAUGAUAUGAGAGGAACAUCAACGGGAAUGAUGUUGCCUGCAGCCAAGGCGUUUUUUAUGGAACAUAAUAGAAUGGAACAAAUUAAUGGUAGUGCCACACCUUGGGGACAACCAUUAUCUACACCAACAUACGAAGGAACAAUGGGAUGGAGUCCAAGCGGGAUGACACCGAUGGCAGGCGGUUUCAGUCCUUCCGCUAUGUCGGAUAUGACUGGUUUUAGUCCUGCAUAUUCACCUGCAUACUCAGCAGCAGCAAGUCCUGGUGGUGGCAUGAGCCCGGGUAACGGUCCCACAUCUCCGUAUCAAAUGGCCAGUCCAUCGUCACCAUCUUUCAUUCCUCAAUCACCAGUGGAUCCAUUAGGUGUUGGUCCGAGAUCACCUGGACUGGGCUCUGGAUAUAGUCCAAACUCACCAUCUUAUAGUGAGUGUCCGACAAGUCCUCAUUAUAAUUACGCAUCAUUAAAGUCACCACACUAUUCACCCACCUCUCCAUCUACGUACAGCCCAGCAAGUCCUCAUUAUUCACCUACAUCUCCGUCUUAUGGAAAACCCGUUGGCUCAGCAGGUCAUCCAUCUACAUCACCAUUUUACAGUCCGACGUCUCCAUCAUAUAGUCCAACAAGUCCAACAAGUCCAUCUUAUAGUCCUACAUCACCAGGCUACUCACCAAAUCGAAGUUAUUCACCAACGUCGCCGACUUAUUCAGCGGGUCAAUCUCCAUCACAUAAUCCUAAUACAAAUGGAGCAGCGAAUAAUCAGUACUACAGAACGUCGCCAAAAUACUCUCCUGCAGCUAGUCCAAGUUACUCACCUUCUUCGCCAAGUUACAGCCCUAGUAGCCCAGGAUAUUCUCCUAGUAGUCCCGGUUAUUCACCAAGCUAUAAAGUUGGGGGUUCAGUAGGAGGCACAUCGCCUGUUUAUUCACCGACAAGUCCAAGUUAUAGUCCAACAAGUCCUUCAUACAGUCCAACAAGCCCUCGUUAUUCGCCAAAAUACAGUCCUCAAUCACCAAACUAUUCUCCAACUAGUCCCAGUUACAGUCCAACAAGUCCAACAUAUUCUCCUCAGUCGCCAUCUGGACCAUCUACACCGUCAUACUCGCCAACAAGUCCGACAUAUAGUCCUGCUUCACCAUUUACUGGGCAAGGAGAAUCUCCACAAUAUUCAACUAAUUACUCGCCGACAUCACCAAAUUAUAGUCCACAAAGUCCCCAAUAUUCACCAACUUCUCCUGUAUAUAAACAACCGGGAAGUGGUGCAUCUUCAUUAUCGCCACAGAGUCCACAGUAUAGUCCAUCAAGUCCAACAUAUUCCUACUCUCCCACAUCGCCACGUUACACUCCUGGCGGUUACAGUCCUACGAGCAGCCCACGUUACAGUCCAACAAGUCCUCAAUAUUCACCUCAAUCACCAGCCUCUUCAACGAUAUCGUCCUCUUCUUCUAGUCCAAGAACGAUGAAUGACGAUGAAAUUAAUGACAAUGAAUUGAUGGAGUAA